UUGACGUUUUUGAAACGCUCAAAAGACAAAAAGAGACAGUCGCGAAAAUCAAAGCAAUAUUUUUUUAAAUCAGUGCGUAUAGCCUAUAGGACAUUUGUUUAAUGGUUUUGAUGAAGGAAAUCUGGCGUGUCGUCAAGAAUAAAUCAAAGAUUUAAGCCAACGCCCCAGAUAAAACUGUGUAAAAAGUUAAUUGGCUGACAGACGUGAAGUGAAGGCCUUUUGUGUUGCCACUUAACUUUUGAAAACGGCGGCAAACAAAACGGCUAGAGUUCGCAUAAGGCGACCAUCGAGUGCAAACUACUAUAUGUAGCCAACUCCGGAAAAAUAGACAAAUCCACGAGAACGUCGCGAGCACCUGAAAAUUCGAGUGCGAGCACCAAGGACUUUGUUAGCAUGAUACCACACUGUGGAUACCGUUACAUGUGGAACCGUGAAAUUGUGAUAAAUUCGCAAAAGUUGGUGAAACGACGCUAAACAGGAGUCCAAGUUGUCCGACCACGCCGACAAUUUUGCGGCAGCAGUUGGAUCCCACGGACAGAAAAACAAGAACCGAAGGACAGACACACAAACGAAAGCCAUAACUCAAAUUCCUUCUUCAUUAACUAAGAAAAAAAGUCUUCAGAUACUUUUUGCCACGAGGGCGAAUUGCUUGAUCACUUGAGUUGUUUUUUUUGCGUUUUGGCAUUGGUCGUGUUUUAGAUUCAACUCUAAAUUUAAACCGACACUUACCUUUGUUAUUCUAUUUACUCGGCCUAAGUGCUGGACUUAACGGCUUAGACAGCACGUUCUCCAGCUAUUCGAUUGUACAUUCAAAAUUGACUCUGUGAUUUUUUACUUUUCUUUUGCAAAUAUUUUAUUAUACUUACUUUAUAUACGAAAAUUGUUCAUAUCAUUAUUUAAAAAAGCGCAUCUCGUUAACAUAGCAAUUGUACCUUUUUGUCAAGAAUUAGAUUACUUUUCAUUAUUUGAUAUUUUAGUUUUGUGUUUCGUGACAUUUUUUAUUUAGAUUAGGUUAAGUCAAAGUUUUCGACAUUUUUUCGACCUUUUACUGCCUUUAUUUUUAUUCGAUUGAAACUUAAACGACAAUUUCCCUUACAUUUGACAAUUAUAACGAUUCACUGCUGCCGCAAACAUGAGCACAUAUAUAUUUAUGCAAGCCUAUGAAUGUCUCCUGGACCAAAAGGCAUCCCUGAACUGCAUUGAUUACGAAAGGAACAGCUAUCAACCCAUCAUUGAUGCUGUUAGCCAGCCGAUAAUACCCACAAACAAAGUACAAUUCGAUGCAUCUUCAGUCGCUGCCUCACUCGUUUCUGCCGCCAAUUACCAUCUCGGCGAUCCCCCAUCCCUUAUUCUGCAGCAGUUGACGCCGCCGCAGUCUCCGCCUCAAUUCGAUGCUUACAAACAGCCUGUUGAAUCGCCCCAGCCCGAGGCCAUCAAGGCCGAGCAGAAGGUGCAAUGCUAUACUCCUGAUGCUACAAAUGCGGCGGCCGCCUCCACGCCCUUCAACUUUAAUAACUGGGUGGGUGGAAGCGAAAUUGCCCGGGAGAACCAACUGGUCGAUGAUAUCGUCAACAUGCGUGCCAAGGAGCUUGAGCUGACCACAAACUGGCAGCAAUUCAACGACGACUGCGAAUCUCAGGCCUCUUCCUCGCUGGACAGCAGAAGCACCGGUAGCGGAGUGUGCGGCAGCAUUGCCGAUGCGGACGAGGAGUGGCUUCCAGAGGCCAUCAGCAGCUGCGCUUCCUCGCCAGCUCACUUGCCCGCGGAUGAUCAGUCGGUGGCAAAGACGAAAAAGCGUACUCGCACCUACGGACGCGGUGUGGAGGAUCGUAAAAUCCGGAAAAAGGAGCAGAACAAAAACGCGGCCACACGCUAUCGCCAGAAGAAGAAGAUCGAAAUGGAGAAUGUUCUGGGCGAGGAGCACGUGCUGUCCCAGGAGAACGAUGAGCUUCGCCGCACCCUGAAGGAACGUCGCAGCGAGAUGCGCUAUCUUCGACAGUUGAUACGCGAGUUCUACCAGGAACGCAAGCGCUAGUCGUUAUCUUGUUCCAUCUAAGUUUCAAUGUCGUUUGCAAAGUUAUUGUUAUAGUUAAACCCCAAAGCUCUCCCAUAUUCCCACACAAUACUUCUAUGUAACCCACAACAACAACAAUCACCAGCCUACCCAAAGCUCCAAGAAACAACCGAGUACAGCAGCCUGUCUUGGCCCUCAUUUUUUGGCACUAAUGACGAGUCUUCGCACUCCGAAUUACCCCAUGCCAGUGAUGGCCAAUGGCAAGUUAAUAUCUUAGGCAAAACAGGCCAGUAUGCCAAUUUUAAAGUGGCAACAGAAUUUGCAUUGUAUAAAAAAAACUUAAUUGAAAACCUUUUUGAGUUGUAUUUUUGCGAAUUACCCUGUGAUGCGGCUGCUGUACUACGAUUUUAUUUUUGGACAUUGGUAAGCAUCUUGACAAAUGUAAAAGUUCUCUUUUAAUGAUUUUUUAACAAACAUAUAAUUAAAUAUACAGAAUAUUAUUCAACAUUUAUCAGCAAUAAAUCAAAAGGGUUUUCAAAAGAAAA